AUGCAACAAAAAAAUGAAGCACAAUUACGAGAAAAAAGACGUUUAUUGAAAGAAUCACUGGAAAAGGGCAAAUCACUUCCAUCAGAUAUACGAGACGAUGCACAGCUUAGAAAGGAUUAUAAAUUUGAUGAAGGAAUGGAUGAAGAAGAGUUAAACCGUAUGGAUGAUGAGUAUGGGAAUCUGGGAGAACGGGAGCCCAAAAUACUGAUUACAACAUCUCGUGAACCAAGUACUAAAUUGUCACAAUUUGCAAAAGAGAUCAAGCUUUUGAUUCCAAAUUCACGGAGAAUCAACAGAGGAAACUAUGUUAUUAACGAUAUAGUAGCAGCAUGCCGAUCAAAUGAUAUAACAGAUUUGAUUAUUUUGCAUGAAACACGUGGUGUUCCUGACUGUCUUAUUAUAAGUCAUUUUCCUUAUGGCCCUACAGUGUCAUUUACACUUCAUAAUGUGAUUCUUCGACAUGAUAUACCAAAUAUAGGAAAUGUGUCAGAAAGCUAUCCAAGGCUGAUUAUGUUGAAUUUGACAUCAAAGUUGGGAUUACGUGUAAAAAAUGUUUUAAAAGCUCUUUUUCCUCCAAGUCCAAAAGAAAAUAGUCAUCGUGUUAUAACAUUUGCAAAUCAAGAAGAUUAUAUAAGCCUAAGACACCAUGUUUAUCUAAGAACCGAUUCAAAAAAUAUUGAGCUCGUUGAAGUGGGACCCCGAUUAGAAAUGCAUUUAUAUGAAAUCAAAUUAGGUACUAUAGAUAUGCCUACCGCAGAUAUAGAAUGGCGUUUAAAACCUUAUCAAAGACAUAAAUCAUAUGUUCUUUCCGAUACUUAA